CGUCACCAAAACGGUGUCUGUAUUUACACUUGGUUUCAGCAGAGAGAGACAGAGAGAAGCAUUUUCUUUGGGUUUUUUUUAGUUUCCGGGUGUUAAUAUCUGUUUGGUUGCCGAGAAACUGAAGGAAAAUACUGAAUUGGGUUGCAGCAGAUUUUGCUGUUUGAGCAUCUCAGCUUCCUCUCGGCAACCAAACGAAACGACCCGAAAGCGAGAACCAAACUUUGAGCUCGUUGAUUAAUCCGUCUCUCACUAAUUAAUCAGGAUGCAGCUAGAGGGUACUGCUGCUGAUACUACUACCCUGAGCUAUUGGUUGACCUGGCGAGUCUUGCUAUGCGCAAUUUGGGUGUUUGUGCCAAUGGUUAUAGCGUUCCUAAUGAUAUGGAAAUAUGAUGGUAAAGACCAUUCAAAAUCUGACAGAAGAGAUGCUCAGCAGGACAUAAGCCAGGAUUUCUGUGGCGAUGAAGCGUGGAGACCCUGCCUCAAAGAAAUUCAUCCCGUUUGGCUGCUGAUUUACCGAGUUAUUUCAUUCUCUCUCCUUUUGGCAACGCUGAUCAUUAAAAUUGCUAUCGCUGGCAGUCGCAUAUUUUACUUCUAUACUCAGUGGACUUUUACCUUGGUUACCAUCUACUUCGGGUUUGGAUCUCUUCUCUCCGUUUACGGGUGCUUCUGGUGCAAGAAAACAAGCAGCACGGGAACUCUAGGAGAUUAUGAUCAUGUCGGGACAGAUGCAGAAAAUGGAACAUACAUUCCCCUUGAAAAUGAGGAGAAAGACUCAAGUCCCCAAGACGAAAGUUGUCUUCCCCGAGCAGCAGCCAAAUGCAGUCGUGUCUUUGAAGCUAUGUUCGAGAUGAGUGCCGGGGCAGUGAUGCUUACUGAUUGCAUCUAUUGGCUCGUCAUAUUUCCGUUUUUCACCAUCAUAGAUUACAAAAUGAGUUUCCUGACGGUGGAUAUGCAUUCAAUUAACGCUGUUUUACUCCUCGGCGAUGCAAUGUUGAAUUGCUUGCAUGUCCCCUUUGUUCGGAUAUCUUACUUCAUUUUAUGGACCGGUGUCUUCGUCAUUUUCCAGUGGACCAUCCACGCUUGCGUAUCAGUACGGUGGCCGUACCCGUUUCUUGACUUGUCAUCGCCAUAUGCACCGUUGUGGUACUUCUUGAUGGGAUUGAUGCACAUUCCCUGCUACGGUAUCUUUGCCCUAAUCGUGAAGUUAAAACAUUACCUCUUGUCAAAAUGGUUUCCCCACUCUUAUCGAUGUUGAGGACGAGGUAUGGUGUGACCGGAAAGACAGAUGAUGACUUCCCGGGUACCCGAAAACUCACAUCCGGUGAUGACCAAGAAUCGACCCAUUAUCAAGAAAAUUCAAGCACAGAUGUAUCCGAAUCGAAACACGAAAAUACUAACGGAGAUUAUACAAAUUCAAGUUGAAUGUGCGUUACGUUCGGAAAUUGUUUAACAGAUCAAACUGAAGCACAUAACUGAAAUUAUUCUACUUUACUACUAA